AUGGACAUCGAUGUCAACGCCAGCAUUGACAGCGGCGACGCAGGUGUCAGCAAUAAUAACAAAUAUAACCUCAGUGAAGAUGACAACACCAUAGUCGAGAUCGCUGCCGAUGGAGACCUCAUCAUGGCUGUUGGUCCCAAGAAGAAGAAUUUCCGCCUUCAUUCCCUCAUUUUGAAGAUGACAUCAAAGGUGUUCAGAGCUAUGCUGGGUCCCAACUUCGCUGAGGGUCAGCAACUCAUCGCCAACGUGACCACCGGCAGUCGCAAGCCUGGGCUGCCUGGCAAGAUCAAUCUUCCAGAAGAUGACGUCAAGAGCAUGGGUUUCAUAUUCAAAACCCUUCAUCAUCAAUUUGACGCCCUCGAAAGCCCUGAGGAUAUUCCGUUCUUCGACAUCUUGGUCGCCGCCGACAAGUACGAUCUGAUUGCUCCUAUCAAGCACGCCUUCCGUCAUGCUUUGACUACUUCCGUUGCUGAAGAAAAGAAACUGGAGACAAUGCCGGCUGAGAACCUCUGGAAACUGGCCAUGGCUGCCGCUUUCGUCACGCAUGCUGCUACUUUUAAAGCUGCUACACGCGCCUUGAUCCUACAUCACACUUGCAGAUAUCUCCAAUUUGCCCAAAAGUGGUACUUCAACCAGGUUUUUGCCCUACGCGUAUGCAGUAAGUAA